UCUUACAACUAUCACCUAUAGGCAAGAAGAUUGGACGAAUCUCAUGGGUGAUUGAUUGAGCACGUUAUUACACACAAUAACUUAGAGCUUAAAGGGAAACUAAUAUAGAAGAAGUCUUGAAAGCACCGGAGCUAUUAAAAAAAUGACAGCUGUGAAGUUCUCCAGCACCGGCAACAACAUCGUCGCUGCACUUCUCAUUAUUUUCACUGUUUGCUGCCAAGUGAAACUGUCCCGGACAUCAAACUCUGGAUAUAAACUGGACAUGGCAAAAGAUUCUGUCGAUGAUCAAUUCAUAGGCUGUGAGAAAACAAUGUUCUACAAGAUUAAACAACAGAUUCUACCUAAAGAGUUCAAAUUUGAUGUAGGUUUUACUACAACUUGGAACAAAUACAAGAACAUUCCGGAUGAUUUUAAAAGGAUAAUAAAAGUCUACACAUCCCCUUAUGGGUCUUAUUCAAAGCUGAAUAAUGCUGUGGGCUCAGGAAGGCCAAAAUAUAAAACACAUUUCAAUUAUAAAGCCUACCAUUUCUUGCUAACACGCGCUAUACAAAAGUAUCAAGUGAAGCAAUGCACUAAUGUUUUCCGGUGGACCAAGGUUAAUUUUGAUUCAGCUUUUCGUGGUCAGCAGAUGAGAUUCGGCAGGUUUGCGUCAACUACACUUAAAUCUAACUUGCCUGGAUUUGGUACAAAGACCUGUUUUAAAAUUAGAACCUGCUUUGGUGCAUACAUAUCCAGUAUGUCUGUGUUCCCUAAUGAGCAAGAGGUGCUAAUCCCACCUUAUGAAAAAUUCAUAAUCACAAAUGUUAUGUAUAACACAAUGAAUUGCAGGAUUGUUUACACUCUACAGAGCACUGGCAAAUUUAGUAAUAUGAACUGUGCGCUGCUGAAAAAUUAUUAAAAUAUAAAUAAAACACUUAAAAAAAGCUUGUUUGAAAUGCUCCUUGCUAAUUAGAAGAACUCUUGAUUGUUGUAUCAUUAAUAUUAUUAUCAUUAUAUUUUUAUCAUUAGCUUUAAUAAUAGGUUAAAAAAUAUAAAAUAUUAUAUUAUGUAUAUCCACAUUUUCUCAGUGCUCUGUGAGGUGAUUUUCUGUUGCUGAAAUUUCUAUUAAUUUCUAUUCAAUAUUAGAUAUAUUGUAUCAACAAUUAACUUUUUAAAAUGUAUUUGUUCGUCACUUAUUCAGCUUUUCUGAAGUCAAAGUCAACAUAAUCAUCCUCAUUUUAUUGUUAAGGUCGUCCUUUUGUUUUUCCUGGUCCCAGAGAAUUUUAUUAAUUGUAAAUGUCCAAGAUUCUAUGACUACUGGCCAUUUUGCAGGUAGCGCAUAUCAACCUGAGCUGGUUUGGGUGUAGCAUGCGGUCAUUUAAACCAAUUUGAGUUACAGGUGUUGAACUGAACUCCUUCAAACAUUUUGCCUUGGGUCAGCACAAGCUUACAUGGAGCCUAUUGUGAUAAUACAUGUGAAACAAAAAGCUUACAAUGUCUAAUUCUGCAAAUUAAUAUUCAAUUGUUUUUGUUGUAUGCAAAUCUUGUGGCCUUUCUGCCGUUAUUGAUUUAUUUUUUUGUUUAUUGAUCUGAAAUGUUUUUAUAAAUUUUCUUUUCAUUUAAAUUUCAGCUUAAAAAAGA